AGAGUGCUGCGCGUGCGCUUGAGGUCGGUCCCCGCCCCCCGGGCUUUCGUAGGCCGGCUGGCUCGCUGCUCGAAUAAAUCUAAUAAGAAAUAUAUACGACCUAUAAGAGAAAAAUAAUGACGCUCACCUGAAGGGCAUAAAAGAAGACCUGAACAAACAGGGCAACUGGCUACAUUCCUGAAUGAGAAGACUUGGCAUUAUAAAGAUGUCUGUCGUCUAAAAUGGAUCCCCAAAUCCACAAAUUCAAUGCCUUUCCAAUGAAAUUAUCAACAGCAUUAUUUUAGUGCAAUGGGAAGAGUAGAUUCUAAGAUUUAUAUGAAAGAUAAAAGCCUUAUGGUAAAGAAAAUUUUGUAGGAAAAUAAAAGGAAGGGAUCCCUUCCCACCAGAUAUCAAAAAACUGAAAAGUGCCAACUGAAAGAAUGCAGUAUCUACAGGAAUGGACAGAGAGACAUCCAGCUCAUAGACAGAGCUGAGGCCAAGGCAGGCAGAGUACCAACAGCCACUUUUACAUUCAGACAGUCCGUUGCUGACAGAGGCAGCAAAAUAAAAAGAAAGAAAAGAAAGAGAGAGAAAAGGAAAGAAGGAAGGAAAGAAAGGAAGGAAGGAGGAAGGAGGAAGGAAAGAAGGAAAGAAAAAGCACCCAAAUGUGCCACUUCCCAUCUUUGUCCCAUGCACCAGAAAGGAUGCCACCCAACCAAAGAGAGCUGGAUGCCUGCACCUCAAGUCACCGCAAGGCAUCACCUCUGGCUGGGAGCCCAUUCUAGAUGGCAGCUGCACCCUGGGGGCAGGGACAGAAAGCCCCACAUCUGGGAACCAGGGAUGCGGGGAAACCCGCCUGAUGCCUCCUGGGCAGAUGUGGAGGAGAGUGUGCGGUGGCCUCAGAGCAGCUCCUCACAAGUCCAGCCUCAGUUCCUGGAGCAUCACGAAGUGUUCUGACAGGCUCAGGUUAGCUGUGGUCCCAGACUUGGCCUGGUGGCCUUUGAGGACACCUGCAAGGUGACCAGAGCAGAGCCGUUCCCUCACAACAGAGAAAUAACAAUAAUGGAGCAUAAACUGUGGUGCAGUUAUCAAUACAAAUCAGUGGGGAAAAGAUAGCCAACAAAUGUUAGACUCCUACCUCAUACUAUACACAAGCAAAUUCCAGAGGGGCCAAAGUGCUGAACAUUUUUAAAAUAUUGGAAAAAUAUUACAAGGAAAUGUGGGAGAACAUUUUUCUAAUUUUGGGUGGGAAAUCCUUUUCUUUUUUUAAAAAAUUAUUUUAUGUAUUUAUUUAUUUUUGGCUGCGUUGGGUCUUCGUUGCUGCACGCGGGCUUUCUCUAGUUGCGGCGAGCGGGGGCUACUCUUCGUUGCGGUGCGCGGGCUUCUCAUUGCGGUGACUUCUCUUGUUGCGGAGCACGGGCUGUAGGCACGCGGCCUUCAGUAGUUUGGCGUGCAGGCUCAGUAGUUAUGGCUCACAGGCUUAGUUGCUCCGCGGCCUGUGGGAUCCUCCAGGACUAGGGCUCGAACCCGUGUCCCCUGCAUUGGCAGGCGGACUCCCAACCACUGUGCCACCAGGGAAGCCCCCAGAAAUGCUUUUCUUAACAAGACACGAGCUUCAAAAAAAGAAAGCAAGACAAAUUCAUAAAAAAGAAAUACUUCUGUGUGUUAAAAGACACCAUUGAUCAAGCCAUAUGUUUAGCAAUAGGUAAUACAGCAUAUUCAACAAGAAAAGGAUUAAUAGAUAUUAUGGAUGGAAUAUAAAAAUAGUUUAUACAAAUUGAAAAGUAGAAGACAAUUCAAUAACAAAACAGUUAAGUAAUAUAAACAAAUCAUCCUUAGGAAAAGGAAUACAAAUAACCAUAAACAUAUGAAAAGGUGUCCAGCACUUUGCAAUUCAAAUGACAGUGAGAUGACAGAUAAGCAAAAGUUAUAAAGAUUCAUCAUCUCAAGGACUGCCCAGCAUGGUGUCAAACUCCUAAUGACGCUGGAAGGAUUAAUUGGUGAAGCCAUUUGAAGGGGCCAAUGUAGUCCUGUCUGCACAAUCAUAAAAUGUGCCCAGCAUUGGACCUAGCAAUUCAGCCUCUAGGAAGCAUCCAGAAGAAACACAUGCACGUGUUGACCCUGGUAAAAGGCCAAGAUUUAUAACAGGGGAAAACGGAAACUGCCCAGAUGACCAUCAAUACGAAAUUGGUUUAAAAAUAUUUCAGCGUAUCCAUUUGGAGAGGUCUCACUGGCCACUCCUUCUUUCUCCCUCUGCUGGAUCCCAGCAGAGCUCAUAUUUCCAGAUGGUAGUCAGGGAAGGCAGUGACCAAAGCCUGAGGGUGGCCUGGGCACGAGUGGCAAUGCCAUUGGCUAAGCCACCUGCUCCCUCUCCUCUGGUUCCCAGACUCAAGGGGGCCUCUCCUCCUUAGGACAUGAAUUUGGAAGACCCUGUGACCCUGCCCGUGGAACUGGAAGUGGCAAAGUGGCAAAGCCUGCGGUGAUAAGGCGAUUGGGCUGUCGCUAUGGUGAUGGGGAUGGAGGCCUUUUGCCAUCAGCCCCAGUUUUCUGCAUGGCAGCUCUAAUGACAGGAUGGUCAGCCCUGCAGAGGCUGGAGGGUGUGAGCGCAGAGGCCUGUUCCUGGUUGCCAUGGCAGCGUGGGCCCUUGCAGGAGAAUUCCCCACUCCACACCUGGUCAGAGCAGGAAGUGUUGGGCCGUGACUGAGCCUCAGGGAAGCAGGUUGGGGUGUGAGAAAAGAACAGUCGCCCACAGCUUAAUUACUCAAAAGCUGUCCCCCAGCCACAGGAGGAAGGAGGACCUUUUCUGCUGAGUCUGUCUAGAGAAUACCACGCCGUCACAGCUCAGCACAGCCCGGAGAGAAAGCUGACCAGUGCUGACUAGCUCUGGAGCCCGGCAAUGGCCCUGCCUCGACCAUACCUGGCCUGACAAGGCCUCAGUGGGGAAGGGUCCCGACUGGGACCCAGAAGAGAAGGCUGGCAGGCUUGCUGGAGAACAAUGAAAAGGAGGAAACUCUGUGAUUGAACCUCAAGCCAGAAGCCAGCCAGAAGGUGGACCAUAUUCUACCAGACACUCGGGCCGGCCGUGACCCUUGGUUGGGAGAAGCCUGGGGAAAUUUCUGCCUUGGAAGCCCGUUGGGGGACACUGAGGGGUUCCAGCUCCCCCGGGCGGGCUGCGGUACAAAUGCUGGAUGACAGAGCCAGGAUGGAGAUCGCCAAGAAGGAAAAGGUGGAACAGAUCCUGGCGGAGUUCCAGCUGCAGGAGGAGGACCUGAAGAAGGUGAUGAGGCGGAUGCAGGAGGAGAUGGACCGAGGCCUGAGGCUGGAGACCCACGAGGAGGCCAGUGUGAAGAUGCUGCCCACCUACGUGCGCUCCACCCCGGAAGGCUCAGAAGUCGGGGACUUCCUCUCCCUGGACCUGGGCGGCACCAACUUCAGGGUGAUGCUUGUGAAGGUGGGGGAAGGGGAGGAGGGACAGUGGAGUGUGAAAACCAAGCACCAGAUGUACUCCAUCCCCGAGGACGCCAUGACGGGCACUGCUGAGAUGCUCUUUGACUACAUCUCUGAGUGCAUCUCCGACUUCCUGGACAAGCAUCAGAUGAAGCACAAGAAGCUGCCCUUGGGCUUCACCUUCUCCUUUCCUGUGAGGCACGAAGACAUCGACAAGGGCAUCCUUCUCAACUGGACCAAGGGCUUCAAGGCCUCAGGAGCGGAAGGGAACAACAUCGUGGGGCUCCUGCGAGAUGCCAUCAAACGGAGAGGGGACUUUGAGAUGGACGUGGUGGCGAUGGUGAACGACACUGUGGCCACGAUGAUCUCCUGCUACUACGAAGACCGCCGGUGUGAGGUUGGCAUGAUUGUGGGCACGGGCUGCAACGCCUGCUACAUGGAGGAGAUGCAGAACGUGGAGCUGGUGGAAGGGGACGAGGGCCGCAUGUGUGUCAACACCGAGUGGGGUGCCUUCGGGGACUCGGGCGAGCUGGACGAGUUCCUGCUGGAGUACGACCGUGUGGUGGACGAGAACUCCCUGAACCCCGGCCAGCAGCUGUACGAGAAGCUCAUCGGAGGCAAGUACAUGGGCGAGCUGGUGCGGCUCGUGCUGCUGAAGCUUGUGGACGAGAACCUGCUCUUCCACGGGGAGGCCUCGGAGAAGCUGCGCACGCGCGGCGCCUUUGAGACACGCUUCGUGUCGCAGGUGGAGAGUGACUCGGGCGACCGCAAGCAGAUCUACAACAUCCUGAGCACGCUGGGGCUGAGGCCGUCGGCCACCGACUGCGACAUCGUGCGCCGCGCCUGCGAGAGCGUGUCCACCCGCGCCGCGCGCAUGUGCUCCGCGGGGCUGGCGGGCGUCAUCAACCGCAUGCGCGAGAGCCGCAGCGAGGACGUGAUGCGCAUCACCGUGGGCGUGGACGGCUCAGUGUACAAGCUGCACCCCAGCUUCAAGGAGCGGUUCCACGCCAGCGUGCGCAGGCUGACGCCCAGCUGUGAAAUCACCUUCAUCGAGUCGGAGGAGGGCAGCGGCCGGGGUGCCGCCUUGAUCUCCGCGGUGGCCUGUAAGAAGGCCUGCAUGCUGGGCCAGUGAGAAUAAAGGCUGCAAGGCAAGGAGGAGACUGUGGCCGCUACUAGACCUGGGUUCCAGGGGACACACUCCCUACAGGUCCCCCCAACCUGGUCCAGUCAAGAGGCUUCUCCUUGUAAGGACCUUGGAUGCCUCCCAUCCCCGCUGUCACCCCAGGAAAUGGGGAGAGCUUCUCUGGGGAUGCGGUGAGGCCCUGGGCAGGCCUAUUCUCUCAGGGUCAGUUGGUAGGAUAGCCCUAGGGCCCUGACUGGGUUGGGGGCUGAGAUGAACAGGAAUGGAGAACCCCCAAAGUACCUCGCCUUUCUUGCUGCAAUCAAGGGCCCAGAAGGGAGUUAUUAACUCAGGAUUUUGUUGCAUUUCUGCACUGCUUGCCUCUUGGAGCUUUCAGCCUGGUUCAGCCCUGGCUCUGGGAAGGGGGUGCCCUCUGGACCCUACUGUGGCCUGGUUUCCCUGGGAACCCAACCCACAUGGGGAGGCAGCCCUCAUGACCUGGCCAGACCUAGACCUGGGUUCCACAGGGGGCCCCGGGGAGCUGCUGAUCACCCAGGCCUGGGAAAUGGAAGGGACCAGCUCCAUGUUGGAGGCUGUGGGUACCCCGAGGCCUGGAGAUGGCAGCCUUUUCCCUCCCAUCCUGCCAUCCCUGAGUGGUUUCUGGUUCUGGGAUGGACCCUCACAGGAAGUGCAAGAGACAGAGUCCCCAAAGCCCCUGCCCAGAGGGGCCCAGGAAGAGGAGGAGUCCCCCUACCCACAGACAGGCCUGGGAGCAUCUCCGGGAUCGAGUCCUCGGCUCCCACGGCGCUGGGCACUCAGAAACCCCAGCAGCACUCAGCACACCCCCAAGGGACAACCCAGGCCUCUUUCUUCUCACCAGACCUCCAUGUACCACACCAACCUCUCCAUGCCCAACCUGGGACUGUGUGGGUUUUUUUAAUUAAAAGUUUUAAAAGUUUAGAA